AUGCUCUUUGCAGAAAUGACGGAAAUUCCUUGCAAUCAAAUUUCAUUUCCAGAAGUCGAAAUGUCGUCUAUGAAUGUCAUACUCAAGUAUUUAUAUACAGAAACAAUUUCCCCAGGUGAUAUCACAACUGAAAAUGCCUUUGGAAUUUUACACGCUGCGAGUUUCUUCCAAUUAGAAAACCUUCAAGACAAUAUUUUAGCAAUCUACAAAAGAUUGUGCAAAAACGGGGGUAAUGAAAAGAAAUUACCCGAAUUAUUAUCCAGAGCAACUCAUCUAGCGUCACCUCUGGCCGACAAUAGUAUUGUUCGUUAUCUAGUAAAUUCAGUGGCUAGAAUUCCUCUGGAUACUAUGGAAUUUAACAGAUUGUCAUUUCAGGGCUUGCAAUGUCUAUUGUCAAUAAGAGAUAGAACACAAAUAUUUUUAUCCAGUGAAUAUUCUGUUUUUCGAUUUAUGGUUUUAACGGCCGCAACAGAAGCACCUGGAGAAGCAUUUGUCGCGCUAGAGAAAAAGUUACCACCAUGGAGCGAGGUCGAGGAACCAUUUAAAACAGUCGACAAUAAUUCUAUCGGAGAAGAGAUUAGUACUUCAGUUGCAGAUAUUAUAAGUCCUAUUGUAGAUUAUAUUGAAUUUCGAAGGAUUGAUGCAAAAAUUAUUGCAAAAAUAAUUGAACCACUGGAUAUUGUUCCAAUUAACAAUAUUCUCGACUCAUAUCGGUUUCAAGCUUGCGUAGAAACAUCAUUGCCGGCAUUUUACGGAGAUUCUAUUCUUAAGUGGGAUAGAGUUUGUUGUGGUCCAGAUUUAAAAAUCAGCGAAGAUGGAGAGACAGUUAGUGCAUUUCCAAAUCCAAUCGGUCAUCAAAGUGUAAGAACCAAUAAGCUUAUGAGUAGUGGCACUCAUGAAUUUUAUGUUCAAAUUGAAAACGCUUGUAAGGAAUGUUAUAUCGGCGUUUGUAGCGAAGAUCUCGAUUUUUCUGGUGCUGCCGGAUCUCAACCGUAUGGGUGGGUUUUAAGUUCAUCCGGACAAUAUUGCCAUAAUAAUCACUGUACCUUAUUUAGCACUCGUACAUUUGGAAACAAAAAUGAAAAAAUUAUCGUAUACUUGGACAUUGAUGAAAAGAAGAUCUCGUUUUCAGUUAACAAUGUACUACAUAAGCCGGUUGAAAGAUGGAAGAAUCUUCCGUCAAACCUUUAUUUUGUUGUUUCAUUCUGUUAUCCCGGAAAAUUCAAAAUCCUAUUACCUGACCACUAG